AAAAGACCAUAUAGCUAAAAUGAAGCAAUCUCCAAUUAUCUUUCCCAUUCCCUUUUGUAUACUUAUUACCUUGUUCAUAUCAUCCACGGAAGCUCAAUCCUGCAAUCCCAAUGAGAAGUUGGCAGGCAAAAACUCGCUUCUACGACGUCUGAACCAUUCAGACCGUUGCAAAAACGGCAAGUUUUCCGUCGCAUCCAAAGGGUCACCGCUUGUCGUUGGCAAUACAAAUUCGAUUAUGACGAUUAACAGCUUCGAGAAGAGCGGGGAUGGUGGUCAGCCGUCGGAGUGUGACGGAAAGGACCACUCGGAUGACACUCUAAUCGUGGCGUUGUCCAGCGAGUGGUAUAAUCAUGGGCAACGGUGUUUUAAGUUGAUCAAUAUAUAUUAUAACGAUAAAAGCGUGCAAGCUAUGGUGGUUGAUGAAUGUGACUCGAAUAAGGGGUGUCGUGAUGACAUCGUGGAUGCAUCUAAAGCCGUUUGGAAGGCACUUCAGGUUCCGAAAGAUGAAUUUGGGGAAACCACAGUUACGUGGUCAGACGCAUGAUGCCGUUCAAGAACGCAUAUAAAAACCAGUAGAUCUUAUAGUAGAUCUGAUGCAGAGGUAGGGUCCAGGAGUAGGAUGUACCAGAUACUUUG